CAAACAUAGAAGAAGAUCUGUGCUCUGGCUGUACUCUACUUUCAUAUCCCAAGACGAGACUUGACCUGGGUGUAAUGCGAGCUCCCCUGCGCUGGGUGCUGUGGGAUGUGAAGGAUACCCUGCUGAAGGUGCGUGCCUCUGUAGGAGAGCAGUACUGCAAAGAGGCUGAACGGAUGGGCCUGAGCCUCAGUCCUGCUGAGGUCCAAGCUGCUUUUGGCCAGUCAUACCGACAUAUGUCCAGCAGAUACCCAAACUAUGGCACCUCUCAGGGCCUGGAUGGCCGGUCUUGGUGGAUGGAGGUGGUUCAUAACACAUUCUCUCAGUGCAGGGUGCAAGACCCAGCCCUGCUUAAUACAAUGGCUCAGAACCUUUAUCAUAACUUCUGCAAUGCAGAUAACUGGGAGGUAUACCCAGACUCGGAGAAGGCCCUUCAGAGCUGUUCUUCACUAGGACUGAAGCUGGGUGUGGUAUCAAACUUCGAUCGCCGCCUUGAAGAGAUUCUACGUGCUUGUGGCCUCCUGUCUCACUUCACUUUCCUGAUCACAUCAGAGGAAGCUGGCGUAGCAAAGCCAAAUCCAGCCAUCUUUGAUCAGGCUCUGCAGAAAUGUGGUGUAUCAGCUGACUGUGUAGCCCACAUCGGGGACCACUAUGUGAAGGAUUACCUUACAUCUUGCUCAGUGGGCAUUCACGGGUUCCUGUUGGACCGGCACAAUGAGCAGAAUCGACCUGACGUUCCUAAAGAGCAUCGACUCACCUCUCUGGAGGACCUGCCUUCACGGCUUCAGCAGCACAUGGACUGAAACCAGACAGUCAUGGGAUCAAGUUUCUUAACCCAACUGAGCUUAAGUUAAAGAACCAAACUUAGGUAAUGUUGAACUGAGUGAGCUGAGCCACUUUAAAACUUUUCACUGGUUUAACUAAAAAAUAAAUGGUCCUGAUGGAAAACAGAUGCGGAGAAUUAUGGGUUUCAAUAUAGAAACUACAAAGUGUAACUGUAUGGAAGUAUAUUGCAUUCACAUAGGAAAUGAGGUUUUCUCUGCUUUUCUGAGGUCAGUCUUGUCUUUGUUUAUUGAUACAUUUUUGUGAAAAAAUAUAUUUCAUCGCUAUUGCUGUCUAGGAAUUUCAAGAUAUUUUUUUGUAAGGAAAACAAAGGUUUCCAAAACACUGGACUUCAAGCACCCUGGCUUCUGUGACUCUGUGAUCUUCCUCAAGACUCUGGGACCCUGAUUUCCAAGUAAAAUUCAAAAUUUACAUUCAUCUGAAAACAGGACUUGACCAUUCAGCAACAGUCCAGUUCAUUUUCUCCUUAGCCCAGGUGAGAAGCUGAUGAUAUCUUCUGUCGUUUAAGAUUGUCGGGGCAUUAAGAACAUGAUACUUGUAGCCCAUUUCCUUGACCCAUCUGUGUGUGGUGGCUCUCAGUCCACUGACUCCAGCCCCAGUCCACUCCUUGUGAAGUUCCCGUGUUCUUGAAUCUGCUCUGUUUUAACAGUCCUCUGACAACUGAGCUCAUCCCUGUUUGUGCACCUUUUUUCCCACACUUCACCUUCCAGUCAACUUUCCAUGAAUAUGCUUUGAUAUAGCACUCUGAGAUCAGCCUGCCCUUUCAGCAGCAACCUUCUGGGGCUUACCCUCCUUGUGAAUCAAUGAUUGUCCUCUAGAUAAUAGGCAAGUCAGCAGCCUGUCCCAUGAUUGUGGUUUUGUGUACUGAACCAGACUGGGCCUUGGAUUUUUCCAUAAUAUUCUAAUGUGUUGAUAUAGUGGAUCUUUGAUUUUUGUUAGCUAUAAGCCGCAAUCAUAAUGAUUAAAAAAGAAAAAGUCAUGACAAUUUGUAUUUUCAUGAUAUGAAUCCAGAAUAUAUGGAAAUUGAAUUUUUUGAAGUAAAUCACAGGGGGAAAAAAUAAACAUUUACAUGAUA